UCUCAAUCGUUGACGCCGACUUCUCUUUGGCCCCGAUAAAGGCUUUCACCUGGUCCUACGGCGCUGACCUUUUCUCAAUCACACAAAGCAAUUCCCCGGGUACAUUCAACUCGAGGAUGUCUUCCCCGUGGAAGAAGAAACAACCUGAGGUGGUCGUCGAUGCCGUCUUGAAGAGAGCGGAGGUCGGCAAGAUUGGACGCAAACUCAAAGCUCGACUCGCGCUGGCGCAAUAUAAGGCUGCCCGCGGUUGGGAGGAUCUCACCCUGGACACGAUCGAGCCAAAAGUCGAAGAGGAGUUGCGGCAGAAGAGGCCUCUGUCGAGUGGAGAUAUCUUCUCUGAUUCGUCUUCGAGCACCAAUUCGGUGGUAUCUGAGUUCCGGUAUUCUGGUUCGAGGACUCUCAUGAGCUCCCCCCUGAAAGCCCCGGCUAUCUUCUCCGAUCAGGUCGGUUCAAGGAGUGGCAGUGGCAGCAGUACCGGACUCCGCAAACGCAACUUUCAUCAUAGUUUCGAACAUCCAAGCUCACCUACAAGUGCACGCAAGAGAUUUCGGUCGUCUCCUACAGCUGGCAGAUCAGUCAAUGCGGGUCGCACUUCGUGGAAGGACAGUCAGCUCGCACAAUCCUCACCGAUCAAGCCCAAGAAGCAUACACACUUCACCACUUCUUCUGGCCCCGGACUCUCCUUCUUCUCGGGAUCAGACGAGGUUCAUUCAACUAACUUUGCUGCUACCUCGGACGACGAAGAGAAUAUGCUGCCCGCCCACUCCUUCGACAUUCGCUCAUCACCCCCACGAACACCAUCUCCUCCCCGCAAUCGCGGUAGCUUGGGCCACCGCAAGGACAAGACAGGCAAGUUGGGAGAAGAGGGUGCAGAUUUACUACUUUAUCUUGCUACUUCUCCUUCGCCAGCAAACCCAAAUCGCGCUCGCAUGGCUCCCCCAUCGACUCCACCACCCAAAACUCUUGCAUUGCCUUCAUCGAUGAUGACCACUCCUGGUGGCGGUGGAAGCCUUCUUGCUGGUUUUGGUGGCCCUGUCACUCCAUCCCAAGGAUUUGACUUCUCUGAUUUCGUCAACAUCACUCCCAGCCCUGCGCAAGGUGCGUGGCCGAAGACGCCCCGAACCGCAAAGACUCCCUUGACGGUUGCGCGACGCCGGCUGACUUUCGACAACUUCAGUCACCCCGGAUCCAGUCCGAACCUGCGAGAGGGCAGUUCUGGUAGCACCAAGCACACUGGACUUGGCAUGCAGCUUGGGGGCGAUCUGAUCUCAUGAACAUUUGGUCACGGCAAUCAUUCUUGUGUGGGUUUAACGAAGACUAUGUUGUACUGUAUAUGAUUUGGACGGCUGCAUUAAUGAUUCUCAUUUGUUCUAAGUCUCUG